AGCUCUCCAUUUCAGUCCCGUCUGUUGUGUUUAGCGGGCCGCUGUCCACUCUGACCUCUCAAGGCUCGUUCAGAAGAAAUGGGAACACCUUGACGUAACUCCCGGCAACAACGAUACAGACGGCUCUUGGCUCUAUAUUUGAACCCAGAAGAAUUAUUCAUACAUUUGUCGAUCGUCUCUGUGUCGAAAAGAGGAAAAACGGUAAAGAGACUUCAUGUCCCAGAAAUCCCUGUGAGCGUCAGCAACCACUUCCUCUUCAGUGUUUUCCCUUUCCCAUUCUUUCUCUCCGGUUGGUUGGAUGAGUCCCAAACAGCGACACAACUGUGAGCAGUGAUUGGGUGCUGAGCCAGACAGGGUAGCCAACGUGAAGCUAGGCUAGCCAUCAUGGCUGAUGUGGACCCAGACACCCUGCUGGAGUGGCUGCAGAUGGGUCAGGGCGAUGAGCGUGACAUGCAGCUCAUUGCUCUGGAGCAACUCUGCAUGCUACUGCUCAUGUCAGACAAUGUUGACCGCUGCUUUGAGACAUGUCCUCCACGGACAUUCCUUCCAGCACUCUGUAAGAUCUUCCUGGAUGAGAGUGCUCCAGAUAACGUGCUGGAGGUCACAGCCCGAGCGAUCACCUACUACCUGGACGUGUCGGCAGAGUGCACCCGCAGGAUUGUGGGAGUGGAUGGGGCCAUCAAGGCACUGUGUAAUCGACUGGUGGUGGUGGAGCUGAACAACAGGACCAGCAGAGACCUGGCUGAGCAGUGUGUUAAGGUGCUAGAAUUGAUCUGCACCAGAGAGUCUGGCGCUGUGUUUGAGGCAGGCGGGCUGAACUGCGUGCUGAGUUUCAUCAGAGACAGCGGUCAUCUGGUCCACAAAGACACUCUGCACUCAGCCAUGGCUGUUGUGUCCCGCCUUUGCAGCAAGAUGGAGCCUCAGGACUCUUCUCUGGAGACCUGUGUGGAGUCUCUGUCUAGCCUCCUCAAACAUGAAGACCACCAGGUGUCAGAUGGCGCUUUGCGUUGCUUUGCCUCAUUAGCUGACCGGUUCACACGUCGUGGUGUGGACCCUGCCCCUUUAGCCAAGCAUGGUCUGACGGAAGAGCUGCUGUCCCGCAUGGCAGCCGCCGGAGGCACGGUGUCAGGCCCUGCCUCUUCAUGCAAGCCGGGCCGGCCUUCGGCAGGUGCAGGCCCCUCGGCUUCUGACUCCAAACUGAGCAAUCAGGUGUCUACCAUUGUCAGCCUGCUGUCCACUCUGUGCAGGGGGUCUCCGCUGGUCACACAUGACUUGUUGCGUUCAGCACUGCCUGAUUCGAUGGAGUCAGCGUUGGGAGGGGAUGAACGCUGUGUGCUGGACACUAUGCGGCUGGUGGACCUCUUGCUGGUGCUCCUGUUUGAGGGACGGAAAGCGCUGCCAAAGUCCACGGCGGGGUCGACGGGUAGGAUCCCAGGGCUGCGACGUCUGGAUAGUUCUGGGGAGAGAUCACACCGACAGCUCAUCGACUGUAUCCGUAGCAAGGACACAGAUGCUCUGAUCGAUGCCAUCGACACUGGAGCAUUUGAGGUGAACUUUAUGGAUGAUGUUGGACAGACGCUGCUAAACUGGGCUUCAGCCUUUGGCACGCAGGAAAUGGUGGAGUUUCUUUGUGAAAGGGGAGCAGAUGUCAAUAGAGGUCAGAGGUCAUCCUCACUACACUAUGCUGCCUGUUUUGGACGCCCACAAGUAGCCAAGACUCUGCUGCGUCACGGAGCCAACCCUGACCUGAGGGAUGAGGAUGGAAAGACUCCUCUGGACAAAGCUAGGGAGAGAGGACACAGUGAGGUUGUGGCUAUACUGCAGUCUCCUGGAGACUGGAUGUGUCCUGUGAACAAGAGUGAUGACAAGAAGAAGAAAGAUGUGAACAAAGAGGAGGAGGAGGGCAGCGAGCCCAAGGGAGACCCAGAAAUGGCUCCUAUCUACCUAAAGAGACUUCUGCCUGUUUUUGCACAAACCUUUCAGCAAACCAUGCUGCCUUCUAUUAGGAAAGCUAGUCUGGCUUUGAUCAGGAAGAUGGUUCACUACAGCAGCGAAGUGCUGCUGAAGGAGGUGUGUGACAGCGAGACGGGACAUAACUUGCCUACGGUGCUGGUGGAGAUCACUGCUACUGUCCUCGACCAAGAGGACGAUGACGAUGGUCACCUUCUGGCUCUGCAGAUCAUAAGGGAUCUGGUGGAUAAGGGUGGAGAUGUUUUCCUUGACCAACUGGCUCGACUGGGCGUCAUCAACAAGGUGUCGACUUUGGCCGGACCGGCGUCUGAUGAUGAGAAUGAGGACGAAGCAAAGCCUGAGAAGGAGGAAGAGGUGCAGGAGGAUGCUAGAGAGAUCCAGCAGGGGAAGCCAUACCACUGGAGGGACUGGUCCAUCAUCAGAGGGAGGGACUGUCUCUACAUCUGGUCAGAUGCUGCAGCCCUUGAGCUCUCCAAUGGCUCCAAUGGCUGGUUCAGGUUCAUCCUGGAUGGGAAGCUGGCCACCAUGUACUCCAGUGGGAGUCCAGAGGGGGGAUCGGACAGCUCUGAGUCUCGCAGUGAGUUUUUGGAAAAGCUACAGCGGGCACGGAGUCAGGUGAAGCCAGUAACUGCCAGUCAGCCCAUCCUGUCCAGUGUUGGCCCCACCAAGCUGACCGUGGGGAACUGGUCUUUGACCUGCCUGAAGGAUGGCGAGAUUGCCAUCCACAACUCAGACGGGCAGCAGGCCACCAUCCUGAAGGAAGACCUGCCUGGUUUUGUAUUCGAGUCUAACAGAGGAACCAAGCACUCUUUCACAGCAGAGACAUCGCUGGGCUCGGAGUUCGUGACUGGUUGGACGGGGAAGCGAGGCAGGAAGUUGAAGUCAAAGCUGGAGAAGACGAAGCAGAAGGUGAAGAGCAUGGCGAGGGAGCUAUAUGAUGACCACUUCAAAGCUGUAGAAAGCAUGCCCAGAGGAGUGGUGGUCACUCUGAGGAACAUUUCAACACAGCUGGAGUCUGCUUGGGAGCUGCACACCAACAGACAGUGUAUUGAAGGGGAGAACACAUGGAGGGACCUGAUGAAAACUGCUCUGGAGAACCUGAUUGUAGUUUUGAAGGAUGAAAACACAAUUUCUCCGUAUGAGAUGUGUAGCAGUGGCCUGGUCCAGGCUCUGUUUACAGUCCUCAACAAUAGUGUGGAACUGGACCUGAAACAUGAUUGUAAACCUUUAAUGGAGAGAAUCAAUGUCUUUAAGGCGGCUUUCAGCGAGAAUGAAGAUGAUGAAAGCCGACCAGCUGUUGCCUUAAUUCGUAAACUGAUAGCUGUCCUGGAGUCAAUAGAACGCCUACCUCUGCACCUGUACGACACUCCAGGAUCCUCAUACAACCUACAGAUUCUGACAAGGAGGUUGCGGUUCCGUUUGGAGCGAGCGCCAGGGGAGACAGCCCUGAUCGAUCGGACAGGUCGAAUGUUGAAGAUGGAACCGCUUGCAACUGUGGAGUCCCUGGAGCAGUACCUGUUGAAGAUGGUGGCAAAGCAGUGGUACGACUUUGAACGCUCGUCCUUUGUCUUUGUGAGGAAGCUGAGGGAAGGGCAGAUCUUCACUUUCAGGCACCAACACGACUUUGACGAGAAUGGUAUCAUCUACUGGGUCGGAACAAACGCCAAAACUGCCUAUGAGUGGGUAAACCCUGCAGCUUACGGCCUGGUGGUGGUGACAUCUUCAGAGGGCCGAAACCUCCCCUACGGGCGAUUGGAAGACAUUCUCAGUCGGGAUAGCUCUGCUCUGAAUUGCCACACAAACGAUGACAAGAAUGCCUGGUUUGCCAUCGACCUUGGCCUGUGGGUCAUUCCCUCAGCAUACACCCUGAGGCAUGCCAGGGGUUAUGGCCGCUCUGCGUUGAGGAACUGGGUCUUUCAGGUGUCCAAGGAUGGUCAGAACUGGACCACUCUUUACACCCACGUAGACGACAGCAGCCUAAACGAACCUGGGUCAACGGCCACGUGGCCUCUGGACCCAUCCAAAGACGAGAAGCAGGGCUGGAGGCACAUCAGAAUUAAACAGAUGGGAAAGAACGCCAGCGGCCAGACGCACUAUCUGUCACUGUCUGGACUUGAGCUGUACGGCACUGUGACUGCCGUCUGUGAGGACCAGCUGGGUAAAGCUGUGAAAGAGGCUGAGGCAAACCUCCGUCGCCAGCGCCGCCUGUUUCGUUCUCAGGUGAUGAAGUACAUCGUCCCAGGAGCACGGGUUGUUCGCGGUAUCGACUGGAAGUGGCGUGACCAGGAUGGAAACCCACCCGGAGAGGGCACUGUCACUGGAGAGGCUCAUAAUGGCCCCGCCUCCUCCACGGUGGGACCCUCUGUGACGCAGGCGGCGAGCAGCGGCGGUACCACCACCACCACCUCAUCAUCUUCCUCCUCCACGUCGUCCUCUUCGCUUCAGCAGUCAUGGAGCAGCCUGGUGAAAAAUAACUGUCCAGACAAGGGCGGGGCCUCAUCGUUUGGCGGUGCCAGCUCCUCCAGCAGAAAGGGGAGUAGCAGCUCUGUCUGUAGUGUCGCCUCCUCCUCCGACAUCAGCCUAAGCUCCUCCGCUGGUUUUCCAGGUGCAGGAGGUCUACGACUGGAGAGGAGGACUGAUGGGCUGAUGCUUGACCAGGGCACUGGGGUGGGAGGAGUAAUGGGAGGCGGGGUUGGCUCUGAUGGACAUCAGCAAGAGCCAAUUGUUGUGCUGUCUUCUGCAGCAGAGGGUGGGUCGGGUUCAGCAUCUAGCUCAGGCACACUUACCGGUGACGCAUCCACUGCUGCAGAUGAAACAAGAAACAAAGACUCAUCCACAGCAAUGGCCACCACCGACCCCGCAACAGCCAUCUCCAUGGGGCUGGUGAGUGUAAGCUCCCCCGAUGUCAGCUCAGUGUCGGAGUCAUCUAGCAAGGACACGCCUUCCCAGAGGCCUAUGUGCUCAGUGGCUAAUGCACGGCUAUCGGUCAGCUCUCUCUUGGCUGCUGGCGCUCCUAUGAGCUCCAGCGCCAGCGUUCCUAAUCUGUCAUCUCGGGAGGCGAGCUUGAUGGAGUCCUUUGUCCGCCGCGCACCCAACAUGUCACGCACGAAUGCCACAAAUAACAUGAACCUGAGCCGCAGCAGCAGCGACAACAACACCAACACGCUGGGCAGAAACGUCAUGAGUACUGCCACUUCUCCUCUCAUGGGUGCUCAGAGCUUUCCUAACCUCACCACCACUGGCACCACUUCCACCGUUACCAUGUCCACCUCCAUAGUAACCAGCAGCAAUAACGUAGCCACUGCCACCACGGGUUUGUCAGUGGGCCAGUUACUAAGCAACACCCUCACAACCAGCCUGACGUCUACAUCCAGCGAGAGCGACACGGGCCAGGAGGCCGAAUUCUCUCUCUAUGACUUUCUGGACAGCUGCCGUGCCAACACACUGUUGGCUGAGCUGGACGAUGAGGAGGACCUCCCAGAGCCUGAUGACGACGAUGAUGAGAACGAAGAUGACAAUCAGGAGGAUCAGGAGUACGAGGAGGUCCUGGAAGAGGAGGAGUACGAGACCAAAGGAGGACGCAGGAGGACAUGGGAUGACGACUUUGUCCUGAAGAGGCAAUUCUCCGCUCUGGUUCCUGCCUUUGACCCUCGACCAGGAAGAACCAACGUCCAGCAGACCACAGACCUGGAGAUCCCUCCUCCAGGCACUCCUCGAUCCGAGGUUCAGGAGGAGGUGGAGUGUGCUCCCUCUCCUCACCUCGCUCUCACCCUGAAGGUGGCUGGGCUGGGUACGACCCGGGAGGUGGAGCUUCCUCUGAACAACUACAAGUCCACCAUCUUCUACUAUGUCCAGCGGCUGCUGCAGCUCUCCUGCAAUGGAGCUGUGAAGACGGACAAACUGAGGCGCAUCUGGGAGCCCACGUACACGAUAAUGUACAGAGAGCUGAAGGACUCUGAUAAAGAGAAGGAGAGCGGAAAGAUGGAGUUCUGUGAACACACUAUUGGGGUCGGGGGCCGUUCUGGUGGCCUGAGCCCCAGUUCGGUUUCAGCCAAUCAAAGCAGUGAGAUUCUGGGCGGGGCCAGGGAGGCAGCGCAGGCAAAGGCAGGAUGCAGCCAGAAUGCCUGUGGAGUGGAGGAUGUGCUGCAGCUGCUGCGCAUCCUCUACAUCAUUGGAGGAGACUCGUCCACUAACACACGCACACUGCAGGAAGAUGUGGACGAGCUGCAGUUCAACGCAUCUCCUGAAGACUUUACCAGCAAGAAAAUCACUACUAAGAUCCUGCAGCAGAUUGAGGAGCCUCUGGCUCUUGCUAGUGGAGCGCUGCCCGAUUGGUGUGAACAACUCACCUCCAAGUGUCCUUUCCUGAUCCCUUUUGAGACCCGACAGCUCUACUUCACCUGCACUGCCUUUGGAGCCUCCAGGGCAAUUGUGUGGCUCCAGAACCGGCGAGAGGCGACCAUGGAACGUUCUCGGCCAUCCACCACAGUGCGGCGGGACGAUCCGGGUGAGUUCAGGGUGGGGCGACUCAAACACGAACGGGUCAAAGUCCCCCGAGGAGACUCGAUGAUGGAAUGGGCUGAGUCUGUCAUGCACAUCCAUGCCGACCAGAAGUCUGUGCUAGAGGUGGAGUUUCAGGGUGAGGAGGGAACGGGUCUCGGUCCGACUCUGGAGUUUUAUGCUCUGGUGGCUGCAGAAUUUCAGAAAACGUUGCUGGGAAUCUGGCUGUGUGACGACGACUUCCCGGACGAUGAGUCACGACAGGUGGAUCUGGGUGGUGGUCUGAAGCCUCCGGGUUACUACGUGCAGCGUUCCUGUGGUCUGUUUCCAGCUCCAUUCCCUCAGGACAGCGAGGAGCUGGAACGAAUCACCAAGCUCUUCUACUUCCUGGGCAUCUUCUUGGCCAAGUGUAUCCAGGACAAUCGGUUGGUUGACCUGCCAAUAUCACAGCCCUUCUUCAAGCUGCUCUGCAUGGGGGACAUCAAGUCUAACAUGAGCAAGCUGCUAUACCAGUCUCGAAGCUCACCGCAGGGUCACGACCCUGAGCGGCCCCACCUGCAACCUUUCCUGCUGCUGUCUGAAGUGCAGUCGGAAGCAUCCACCGAGGAGAGCCAGGAGACCUACUCAGUGGGCAGCUUUGACGAGGAUUCAAAGUCUGAGUUCAUCAUGGACCCACCAAAACCCAAACCACCAGCUUGGUACCACGGCAUCCUGACCUGGGAUGACUUCCAGCUCAUCAACCCGCACAGGGCGAGUUUCCUGAAGGAAGUGAAGGAUCUGGCAGUGAAGAGGAGGCAGAUUCUGGCCAGUAAGAGUUUGUCUGAGGAUGAGAAGAACACCAGACUGCAGGAUCUGAUGCUGAAGAACCCACUGGGCUCUGGCCCCCCCCUCAGCAUCGAGGACCUCGGGUUAAACUUUCAGUUCUGCCCGUCCUCCAAGGUUCACGGUUUCUCUGCUGUGGAUCUCAAACCAAAUGGAGAUGACGAGAUGGUGACCAUGGAGAAUGCAGAGGAGUACGUGGAGUUGAUGUUUGACUUCUGCAUGCACACCGGCAUCCAGAAACAGAUGGAGGCCUUCAGAGAGGGUUUUAAUCGAGUGUUUCCCAUGGAGAAACUGAGCUCCUUCAGCCAUAAGGAGGUGCAGAUGAUCCUCUGUGGCAACCAGUCUCCUUCCUGGACUGCUGAUGACAUCAUCAACUACACCGAACCGAAGCUUGGUUACACCAGAGACAGCCCUGGCUUCCUGCGGUUUGUGCGAGUCUUAUGUGGGAUGUCAUCUGAUGAAAGGAAAGCUUUCUUGCAGUUCACCACCGGCUGCUCCACCCUGCCCCCCGGUGGCCUCGCCAACCUGCACCCCCGCCUCACCAUCGUCAGAAAGGUGGAUGCCACAGACUCCAGCUACCCAUCUGUCAACACCUGUGUUCACUACCUGAAGCUGCCCGAGUACUCGUCUGAGGACAUCAUGAGGGAGCGCCUGUUAGCCGCUACCAUGGAGAAAGGCUUCCACCUCAACUGACCGCCGCCUCCACACUGAGCAUGCUUCUCAAGUCAUCUGUCCGUCUCGCAUCGUGACUGACAGAUCAGCCAGCCAAUCCAAACCAGCUGACUGACGGCCGGGCCUCCUGCUACAGGAGGAGGGGGGUUUAUGUUGCAGAAAUAAAAUGAAAGAAAAGCUCGUCACAUCCUUCACACCUCUCUGGCCUCCUUCAUCAGUAGCAGCAUCAUCUUCCUCACCAUCCUGAGCUGCUGCUGCUGCUGGUUUGCUCUCAGCUUUGAUGCUGCAGGCUUGUGUGUAUGUGCUGAUCUCCUCCUCCCGUCUGUUCUCAGUUUGGUGCCUGGUUUGACUCAUAGCUUCUGUUUUCACUCUUUCCUGAAACAUCCACGGAUUCUCCUCCCCAUCCCCAAUUUAUUGCUUUUUGUUUUUGUGUGCGUGCGACAGUUCUCCGGUUGUUUGACCAGGUGUAAAGGUCAAAGGUCAGAGAUCCUUUGGUGUUUAUUUUACAAUGAAGCUAGAGGACAAAAACACUGGUUGUGUGCAAGGCACAUCUAAAGAGAAAGAUUAAAAAAAAAAAAAGCUCUGCUAUCCCUGUAUUUUCUUUGUAUAUUAUAAACAUUUAUUUAACUCAAGUUGCAGUUUGAGGUAAACAGAUAUUUUCAAAUGUGUAUGCUCCAAAAAAUAAUCAUUAAAAAUGUUUGCAAAGUAUAAAAUAAA